AUGACGACUUUUGAUGCUAUCAAUGAAUCAGGAAUAUGUAUUCUGCGUUUUGCAAGGCUGGAUCCUUGGGCUGAACCUGUCGAUGUCCUCCAAACUUUAGACUUUCAUAAUUUGCCAAAUGGAAUUCGUAAAACCCCUGGAUUCUGCAAGAACAGGAGGAAUGUACAGGGGGCAGAUGUGGCGUACAAAGUGACAAAACAAACUCAGCUCAGUGUUCCAACCCGGCAGCUAUUUCCAGGUGGACAGUUCCCACGUGAUUUCUCCAUUUUAGUUACACUAAAGCCCAAACGGAACACACAGGCAUUCCUGUUCUCCAUCUACAAUGAGCAAGGUGUGCAGCAACUGGGAAUGGAGAUUGGUAGAUCUCCUGUGUUCCUGUACGAGGAUCAGAAUGGUCGCCCAGCGCCAGAGGAUUAUCCUAUUUUCACUGAAACUAAUCUCGCUGACAACAAGUGGCAUCGUGUGGCUAUCAGCGUUCAGAAGAAGAAUGUGACGAUGAUUGUAGACUGUAAGAAGAAAAGUUCCAAAGCGCUCCCCAGGAGUAAUAAUGCUGUUGUGGAUACAAACGGAAUCGUGGUGUUUGGGACAAGGAUCCUGGAUGAGGAGGUCUAUGAGCACUCUGCGGAAGAAAUAUUCAAAUAUGACUAUGAUUAUAGUGAUGGAGACUUUAUAGAGUUUGACUAUCAUCCAACUGAGGAAAUGCCAACAUUGGAGCAGACAGAAUUCCCAACUGAGAGAAAGAAAUCCAUUUCAUUCAUCAAACAGAAGAAGGAUGUUGGACAAACUAUAACUAAGAACAUGGCGACAAAGAUUACUUCCAAAAAAACUUUUACAACUCAGAAGAGGAAGCAGCACUUUUCCAGCCACCAAUCAUCAAAACUUCAGGUUGUGAACAAUGUGCUGCCAGAGGAGACAGGAGAGGAAUAUUACUACGAAACUUAUGAAGGAACGACCAGCUCAGCAGCCCAAGAGAAAGCUAACGAGACAAACAUUGAAGAAGACUAUAAAGAUGAAUAUCUGACUGGAGAGGGUUAUCAUUUUGAAAAGCAAGAGACUGAGGAAAAGGAACAGGAUCUCAACGAGUAUGACUUCAAUGAGUAUGAUUUCAAAAUGUACGAUCUCAAUGAAUAUGACGACAAGGAAUAUGAUGAGAAAGAGCAUGAUCCCACUGGGCAAGAUCCCACUGGGCAAGAUCCCACUGGGCAAGAUCCCACUGGACAUGAUCCCACUGGGCAUGACCCCACUGGGCAUGAUCCCACUGAGCAUGACCCCACUGGGCACAGUGCCAAAGCUUCUUCCAGCAAAGGAACCAGUGAUAAUGACCAUGAAUUCAAAGCUUACGAUGUUGAGGAAUAUGACCCCAGUGAAUAUGAUACGAAGCGUUACGAGGAUGAAUAUUAUUAUGAAAUCACAGAGUAUGAAGAUAAAGACCCAAAGACCACAUCUACUGGGGUGGAUUUUGGUCCUGGGGUACCUGCUGAGACAAGUAAAUUUAUGCAAGGAAAAGUCAAGGAACUAAAGAUCGAUGAGUCUGAGAUCAGGGCUGGUGCCGGAGCUCGGUAUUGGGCAGUACCGGAGCACGGUGUUGGUUGUACCGGAGCUCGGUAUUGGGCAGUAAGGGAGCUCGGUAUUGGGCAGUGCCGGAGCUCAGUAUUGGGUUCUACUGGAGCUCGGUAUUGGGCAGUGACGGAGCUCGAUAUUGGACAGCACCAGAGCUUGGUUUUGGGCAGUACCGGAUCUUGGUUUUGGGCAGUACCGGAGCUCAGUGUUGGGCAGUGCCGGAGCACGGUAUUGGGCAGUGCCGGAGCACGGUGUUGGUUGUACCGGUGCUCGGUGUUGGGCAGUGCCGGAACUCGAUAUUGGGCAGUCCCAGAGCACGGUGUUGGUUGUACCGGUGUUCGGUAUUGGGCAGUGCUGGAGCUCUGUAUUGGGCAGUGCCGGGGAUCGGUAUUGGGCAGUCCCGGAGCUCGGUAUUGGGCAGUGCCAGAGCUCGAUAUUGGAUGGUACCGGAGCUCGGUAUUAGGCUUUACCGGACCUCGGUAUUGGGCAGUGCCAGAGCUCGGUAUUGGGUUCUACUGGAGCUCGGUAUUGGGCAGUGACGGAGCUCGGUUUUGGGCAGUGCCGGAGCUCGGUAUUGGGCAGUGCCAGAGCUUGGUAGUGGGUUGUACUGGAGCUCAGUAUUGGGCAGUGCCGGAGCUCGGUAUUGGACAGUUGCAGAGCUGA